AGCAGUGAGCGGAGUUUCAGGUGAGGAGCGGCGGCGCUCUGAGUUCCUCACUGCAGGUAAACGUGCACGGAAUACACGUUGGUGAAAUCCUUUGGAAGAGCUGGGUGUCUUUAUUACUGCUUUAUGAACUUUUUUCUACCUGUUAAAACCGUUUUGGUACAGAACUUGUACGGAGCAGGUUGCAUUUCAACAAUGAACAUCUAUCCAUACAGCACAACACACCCUCCAGCUAAGGAGAAUUAAAGCACCACUAGAUUCGGAAGGAGAUCUGUUGGUGGUCCUGAUGCCAAGUUCUCCUCUCCUGCUCCAUCUGGUGUUUUCCACUGAUCAGCUGCUUGCUGUCAUGGGGAGUUGAAGCUGGACUGGUUUAGACCGACUGGAAGAAGAGCACCUGGCACUUUUAUACCUUCUAAAAAACCUAGAAUGAUUUCCUCCUAAAUACUUGGUUGCACACCGCCCCCUGUUUUGGAUCUUCUACAUUCAUGUACACCCUCAGAUGCUGGACUGAGAAGAUGUUGGACUUUCGGUCCAACCGAACACCAAGAAACGUGUUUAUGGAUGCGUUAUGGAUGUAAUGUUUUUGGUGGAGAAGAAACACCAUCCCAUGAUCCUGCAAUUCUCUGAACUUCUAACCGAUGUUUGAUGUGUAGAAGAUUAAUGACAUUGUGAUUGACCUGCCAAGGAGCUAGGAUGCCAAAACAGGACUGCAGGAAACUGUCUCUGUCCCAGGCGCUCACCCUUGUUAUGCUGUUGACGUCCCCGGAUUGCCUGUCAUCCCAGCAAAUUCGGAGCACACGUGUUGGCCGUCCAUCUCGGGUCCCUCGGCAGUCGUUUUUUAAGAGUGAAUGGGCUUCGUGGGGAGUUUGGUCAGAGUGUUCUCGCUCCUGUGGGGGAGGAGCAUCCAUCCGCAGACGGACCUGCAUCUACAGGAAUACAGUUGGAGGACAAUGUUUGGGAGAUCCCAGGCAGUAUAAGAUCUGCAACACUAAGGGAUGUCCUCCUGGAUCUCUAGACUUCAAAGAACUACAAUGCAAAGCUUUUGAUGACAAGCCCCUAGUUGCUGGGAGCAGUUACCAGUGGACGACUUUUCAUGGAGGCUCUGACCCCUGUGAGCUCAGCUGUUUGGCCUUGGGACACAAUUUCUACUACAACUUUGGGCGAGUCCUGGAUGGCACGCCCUGUUCAGCCGAGCCUGGGGCUGAAUGUGUGAACGGGAAAUGCCUGAAACCAGGGUGUGACCUGAUCUUUGGCUCCCAGCUGCAGGAAGAUGCCUGCAUGGUGUGUGGAGGCCAGAACACUACCUGCCUUCAGCACCGCAGUGUUUACCGGAGUGGCGAGCAGGACCUCGGGCCGUUUGGAUACAAUGAGGUCACCAUGAUCCCAGCCGGAGCCACCCACAUCAGAGUGACUGAUAACAGCAAAAACUAUUUAGCCCUUCAGAAUGGACACUCCCAGUUUGUAAUUAAUGGGAAUUGGAAGAUCAGUGUUCCGGGUGAGUAUAACGUGGCUGGAACCAAACUGGUGUAUCGCCGUUCAGCCGAUACAUGGGAGAGCUUUGAGGUGCCCGGGCCAACACUGGAGGACCUUCACAUUAUGGUUUUAUCUACUGUAAGAAAUUUUGGAAUAGAGUAUGAGUACUGGCUGCCACCUGAACUCUACGCCAUGCAUCACGGAAGGCAGAGUCCAUACUGGCAUCACCACACAUCAAAUUUCCUGCCCUGGGAAUUGCCAACUACUACCACCACUACUACUACCACUACCAGGAUGAGACCACCUGUCCCCACACAACCUUCAUGGGGUCCAGUAGGUGGACGAAGACCUCCUGUGAGACCUCCUGUGAGACCUCCCACUCAGCAGCAGCCACAGCCUCGUCUGGAACGAGAUGAGAACAGUAACUACCUGCCGCGGACGCACAGCACAGGUUACUGUGGGAAAUGCAGGAAGGUGAAGGGGCGUGGAGAGCGGCAGAAGCAGUACUGCCAGAAGGAUUAUGUCUUCAGAGCCAAGAUCUUGGGGAAGGUCUACAUUGGCCAGGAGACACGAUACGACGUGCAAAUUAUCCACACGUACCGCAACAGCUUCCGUCUGGGACGCCGGGAAUACCUAUGGACCCCCAACAGGUGUGACUGCCCCCCACUGGAUGAGGGCUAUCAGUACGUGCUAAUGGUCAGGCGUCACGUGAAUCAUGAGCAAACACUCGAUCGCAUUCUGCUAGAGGAGGACAGCUACGCUCAGCUUUACCGGCCACGUGAGGACAGCCUACUGCGCCCCCUGGAGGAUCGUUGCAAUAAUAGGGGACUGAGAACUCACCAGAGAGGGUAGAAAAGGCACGAGCUUGUGUUCAUCUUGCACAUAUUUAAUCCUGCUUCUGAAAAAGACACACAUGAUAAGACACAUGACAUGUUGCUGGCUUUAACGCGUUUCUGUGGAUAUUACGGGAUCCUUUAGGAAGUAAUGGAGGUCAUGAGUUCCAGAGUUAUACGAAGGUUACUCACGAAAUGAAGCACUUUAGGCGGAAUAUAGCCUACCUUUAAAAAAUGCAUAUACCAAAGAUAAACAUAUUUUUUGUAUCAUUAUCGUCAUUAUCAUCAAAGUUAAUGUCGCCUUGUAUAUAGACAAAUGUUUUAAAAUCCGAGUAUAAGAUUGGGUUGUGAUUUUUCCAUUAUUUAGUCCCCAUUUGCUGUUAUAAUAACUUUCACUCUUCUGGGAAGAUGUUCCACCAGAUUUUGGAGUGUGCUUGUGGAGAUUUGUCAGUGAUACUAAUUAAGCCUGGGGUGCAUUCAGAGGUAAAAUUCGUCCCAAAGGUGUUCAAAUUCUUCUAAUUUGUUGUUCCAUGUAAAGCCGAUCUUCACGGAGUUUGCUUUGUGCACAGGGGCAUCGUCAUGCUGGAACAGGUUUGGGUCUCCUAGUUCAAGUGAAAAAUGUCAUGCUAGCACAUCCAGUAACAUCCUAUAGAGUUGUGUGCCUUCAAAUUUACUAUGCAGUGAAUGAUCAGUUCUUGAAGCUGAUGUGGUGUUGGAAGCGCUAAAUGUGUCUAAUUUCAGGACCUGGCAUUCAUGAAGAUCAUACUUUGACACGUUCCUCAACACUUCGUCAAACCAACACACCCCUUCAUGGCUUCAAGUGUCUUCUUUCAGCAGGAUUAUGAUUCCUGCACAUCCAUAAUGCAAAAAUUGUUCAGGAACAGUUUGAGGAACAGUACAAAGAGCAUUGACUCGGCAACGAAAACGCUCUUAUCCUCUAAAAUUUCAUCUGAUCAAGCAUCUGUGGGACGUGCUGGUCUGAACAAUGAAGGCGCCACCUUGCAGAACAACAUGCUGUUGUUGGCGUCUUGGUGCCAGAUCACAUCAUAGUACACCUUUAGAGUUCUCGUGGAGUCCAGGAUUUGACAGGACAGAGCUGUUCUGAGGAGAAUCUCCAUAUUAUUAUUAGUCAGGUGGUUUUAAUGUUGUUGUUUUUUUAUACAGUUAAUGUUUUUUGUAUAAUAUUUAUGAUGAAAUAUAUAGACAUGAUAUUUACAUGUAAGUAUGUG